AUUAUUGAUUCCGGUUCUAGCUUAUGUUUAAGAAUAAUAUUUGAUGGAAAUCUAUAAUCAAAUGAAUGGGAUCAAAGAGUCCAUCUCUUAAUUGGAGUAUUACACAUCACUUGAAAAAUUAGAAUGGAAAUCCCAUUAAGAUAGAUUAUUUGAAGAGGAAGGAAUGACAAUCUAUUUAGAACAUUAUACUGAUGUGAGUGAUAGUAUUCUUACUUUAGGUUCAAAAAUUGCUUAAACAGAGACUCAUUUAUGAUAAAAAGGAGAAGGAUAGCUUAGAACUCUUUCUUCAUGAGACAUACCUUAAAGUCAUAAAUCUUCUAAAACGCCUAAUUAUAGAUAAAGUAUCAUAAUUAUAUUCAAUGUCUAAGGAUAAGUUGAUCGAAACUGACACUAGAGAACUGGCAAAGAUCAAACUUUAAGUUAAAAAUGAUAUCCAGAAGCGCUUUGAUGAAUACAACUUUUUACUUUAAAAAAUAAAAGAAGGUAAAAAUGGGCAAUUAAAUAAUUAGUGGUUGAUUCUUCAAAUAAUUAAGAUAUUUUCAAAACUUUAGAAUUAUUGGAGUCAAAGAUUAUGAUUGGCCUAUUCAAAUCUAACCCUAGUGAAGAAUUAGAUUUCUUUAUAAAAGGAGUAGACCGACUCUUUAAAUAAAGCAACCAUACUAAUUCUAAAAAUGAAGCUCUAUAAUUAUUGAGUUUGAUGCACACUGUCAUCUAAGAGACUCUCAUUGUUAUGAUCAAUGAGUAAUUAGAAUCUUCCUUCGAUCUCUUAGAAAAAGAACUUUUUUACACUUAAUCUAAAAAUACUCAUUAACAAGCUAAAGAAUCUUUAAGCAUUCUCCUUAAUAAACUUGAAUGUAAGAUCAAUUCAUAUAUCUAUUUAAAAGUAACAGGAGCCAAGUUCUGGAAUGAUCAAUUCUAACUAAAAAGUCCUGAAGAUCAUUUGGUUCAAAUCUUUUAGAGUUCACUAGAUGAAGCAAUGUUGAUGAGUAAUCGAUCCAUCCAAUAUCAUCAACUACUAUCAGAUACUCUUAGAGCUAUGUUGGAACGUUUUCUUUAACGUUGA